CGCAGGGAUAAAUCCAGAGAAAUAACUAAUUUUUCUGGGUUUGUUUCUGUUUCUGCUGACGAGUUGUGCGGUGUAUUCAUUCGAUCGGUCACACGCGACUUAUAUUACACCAUUUGAUCGGUGAACGCUUCCGUCGCCCUUUGGUGGGGUAAAUGCGCACAGGCCACUUACUCUCCCUCCAUCUCCCUCGUCUCCUUCGUCGUCUCCCUCGUCCUCCUCUCCCUCCUCUCUCAUCGACAGCCAACAGGCCGCUGCUGUCAUUCUCUAGGCACCUCACAACCCCAACAGCAACAACAACAACACCGAUGACAUCUUCAAACGUUAUCAAACAGACUGACGGGCCUGUGCCGUUCGCCAACCGGUUGCUAGAAGGUCGUGCGCUCGACCUAGACGUUUGGAGUAUCUACAACGCCCUCGCCCUCCCAGCAGACUGCGUCAACCUCGGUCAAGGAUACAUGAACUUCCCACCCCCGGCAUACGUCAAAGACGCCGCGGUAGAAGCGCUCAACACCACUGCCGGAAACCAUUAUUCGCACCCUAAGGGCCGCCCGCGCUUGCGUAAGGCGAUUAGCGAUUUCUACUCGGAGCAGUUCACGAACCUUGAGGGGAGGAAACUUGAUCCGGAGACGGAGAUCCUCGUCACUAGCGGGGCGAAUAUGGGGAUGUACUCCGUCUGGGCAGCAUUCCUCGACCCGGGGGACGAAGUGAUCCUCUUCGAGCCCUACUUUGACCAGUACCUCGCGAGCGUGACGUUCAACGCUGGCAAGCCCGUGUACGUCCCCCUCCACCCUCCGGCGGGGUACGAGCCCUCGCACGGCCCGUCCGCAGCGAGCGAGUGGACGAUCAACAUCCCCGAGCUCCGGGCUGCCAUCACCCCUAGGACGAAGAUGAUCAUCGUUACGACCCCGCAUAACCCUGUUGGGAAAGUGUUUACCCGCCGGGAGCUGGAGCAGAUCGCGGAUGUUGCAAAGGAGUUCAAUUUGCUUGUUAUGAGUGAUGAGGUGUAUGACUGCCUCACCUUUGACGGCGCUGAGCAUGUGAGAAUCGCUACCCUCCCCGGGAUGUGGGAACGCACCGUCACCGUCGGUUCGGCUGGCAAAUCCUUCUCAGCAACCGGAUGGCGUAUCGGCUGGCUCAUCGGCCCUCCUACGAUCAUCGCCCCCACUCUGGCAGUGACGACGCGCACAGUGUUCUGCACCAACUCGCCUUUGCAGGAAGCGGCCGCAGCGGGUUUAGAAGGCGCGAAGAAACGCGAUUAUUUUGAGACCCAGCGGAAGGAGUACGAGGAGCGCCUUCAUGUGCUUAUGAAGGCGUUCGACAAGCUGGGCAUGACGUAUGUCAUCCCCCAAGGCAGCUAUUUCCUGCUUCUUGACAUAUCGGACGUAGAAUGGCCCGAGGACUUUCCUUUCCCUCAAACGAUCCAAGGUCGUGGCAAGGACUUCAAGUUCUGCUGGUUCGUCGCCCAAGCGAUCGGAGUUUCCGCAAUCCCCGUCUCCGAGUUCUACUGUAACGAGCACAGGCAUAUCGGGGAAAAGUACGCCCGGUUCGCUUUCUGCAAAGACCUUGCUACGCUCGAGCUCGCUGGGGAGCGCUUGCAGAAGCUGAAGGAAUACUUGAGGCCUAGGGCGGGGAAUGGGCCGACUAAGACUGCGCUUAAUGUGGUUAAUGGCACGGCGCUGUAGUCGUGUGUUUUGUAUUGUGCGGCAAAGGGCGCUGGUAGUAUACUACACUUCCUCUGGGGAUGUCUUGCCAAAAUCGAUAGAAUGAU